UCGGGAGAUUCCUCCGUUAACCGCCACCUGUCAUUCUCCGUUAUACCGUAGACUCCCCCAAAUAAAAACUCCCGAAACUGUUUUCCCUCCCCCAAACCCCCAGCCCUGCAUUUUCCCGAGAAAAUUACCCCGAGCUAGCAAAUUUUCCCGAGAAAAUGAUUCGAUCGGUGUGAAAAAGAACACUCAAUCCGGGCGAGACCCAGUACCAUGAGGUCGAUCUAUGAUUUUUUUCUAAACUUACAGAACCGAAAGCUUUCCUCUUCAAUUAUUUCAUGGAAAAUCGAGAACAAGCCCGAGACAAAACCCUAAUUACCGACGCGAAGAAAAUCAAUGCUGCACAUGAAAAUGUGCAACUAAUUGAAUGGGAAGAUUUCGACAACGAGCUAGCUAGAUUGUGGAGUUUAACUUCUGCCCUUAAGGAAGCUAAUGAGAAGAAACAAAGUCUUCAAGAGAAACUCCAGUCACUAAUUCAGGUAAAAAAUGAGUCUUUGAAUAAACUGAACGAGCUUGAGGAAAUGCGUGAGAGACUAGAGGCAAGGAAAGUAGUUAUGGCAAACAUGUCAACUCGUUGCAAAGUUGCAACAGAGGAUGCUAAAAAACAGGAGGAAAUGCUUAGUACUGAAGUAAGAUCAUUGUUGGUUGCUGGUACCUCUCUUUCUGUAGCAAGGAAGCGAUUACAGGAAGCAAAUAGAUUACUCACUGAAGAAAGGGGUUGUGUUAAACUUAAAAAUGUGCAAAGGAAGCUUCGAGCAAGGCAACAAUAUAUGAUAUCACAAGUUUCAUUACUGUAUCCUGUAAAGAUCUUGGUUGGACCUGCACAGGAGCAAGAACUUGAGUCCUAUUCUAGCAGUUGUAGAUUAGGGAAUCCUUCUGCAUCAAAACCUGUUAAUCAAGGAUCGUUGACGAUUUUAGGUCUGAAUCUCACCUUGCUUCCUUUUACAAAGAUGAGUUUUUUCACUGACAAAAAGGAGGUUCAGAGAUCUGCAACUGCCUUGGGAUAUGUUGCACAUGCUGUUUCACUAAUUGCAUCCUAUUUACAAGUUCCCUUGCGUUAUCCUCUGCGCUUGGGUGGUUCUCGCUCAUAUAUUAAUGACCAUGCGUCUUCAAUAGACCCUGCAUCUUCUGAUUUGUCAUUGGAUACAACACUUUCAGCAAAUGUAAAGCCGGCAGAAUUUCCGCUGUUUUUAGAAGGUCAAGACACGACAAGAGCAGCAUAUGCUGUGUUCUUGUUAAACAAGGAUAUAGAGCAACUUUUGAAUUUCAUCGGUGUAAAGAGUUUAGGACCACGACAUGUUCUUGCAAAUUUGAAGGAGCUUCUAAGGUCUGUCCAGUCUUCAGAAUAUAUAGAUACCUGAAUUAAUUUUGAUUUUGUAGGAUCAACUAUAAUUAGCUACUUAUUACAGUAUGAAUAGACAACCUGACCUUCUUCACACACGACACGUGCGGAUUUUUUACCAAUCCCAUUUCAGUAAAGAAAAAAAAAGAGCUUUAAAAAAGGAUCACACUUUUUUGUUGUUUACAGAAUCAUAAUGUUAAUUAGAGUGGAAUAUUUCAGAUUUCUGAUGAGCAUAUUCAUGAGUAUUGCAGUAAAAAAAUGGGUGUGGAACUUAUUUGAACUUUGAAUGUAUGUUUUGUUGGUGAGAAUACAAAGUUGAUAAAGAUUUGGUAAAUAGAAUAAAAUACUAUUUUUUAUUAGAAAA